UUCGUUUCCCGCAUAAAUAUGUGCGAGGGAUCCCAUGAACAUCCGGAAAACGAUUACUGGCAGACCGGAGGAAACGGCGACACACGCAAUUUAUUAGCGCAGAAACCGGUAAUGCGCACGGCGGCAGAGGGAAUACGAGAACACGAAAGGGUUUUCGCGAGAGGCAAAGAGGCCUUCUCCGAACGAAGGCUCAUUCGUGACUCGACGAGGACUCAGCUGUGCUGCCGGGGACCAGGGUCGGGACCGGGAGUCGGGCGUGCGCCCUUCGCGAAAUCAAACUUCGUCCUCGCUGCAAUCCUAAUCGCUGAUGUGUGUCGGAAGACCGUGCCGCGAAAAGCCGCCGGAUGUCACAUCGGUCAUAGCGUUGAGAGAACAAUCGUUUUCCUCCGGUUGUACGGUGCGUAUAAUCGCGCGAAAGCAAGAUGCGCCUCUCGGCGCAUGCCCUCGUUGGAAAUAAUAGGUCCGGAGCGCGGGCGCAGCUUCAUUAGCUGCGAACGAAAUUCGAAUGCGUCACGGCGACACGCUGUAAUGCAGAUACUGAAAGUCGAUCAGCGAUCCCGAUUGAAAGCUCGGCGCUUCGUCGAUUCGAACGAUUUCAUUAAUUCGAGUGAAUUAUCGCGGCAAUACUGUUAUACUCGUGUAAAAAUUGCCACCAUGGCAAGCACCACCGACAUUAAGCUUUCACGAUGUAACGAUCAAUCAUGGGGCUUUCGGCUCUCCGGAGGUUUGGACUAUACUUUUCCAUUAACUAUCGUUAGGGUGACGAUCGGAGGCCUAGCCCAUACAGCUGGCCUGCAAGCAGGCGACGUGAUCAUCAAGCUGAACGGGGAGCCAAUAAGUCAACUCACACACGCGCAAGCCCUUGAUAAACUCGUCAGUAUUGGCAACAAUAUCGUUCUGUCUGUCAUACGAAGCCAUGAGAUCGCGCGACAACAAUAAUGAUACUUCCUGUCGAUAGCUCUUGUUCUCCCGCGAGUUUCCACCAGCUUUCAUGUAUGUCGCGUGACAAUAAACCUUCACAGAUAAAAAAAAAAGUCGGCAAGCCGUUGAGGUACAAUAGACGCGACACGUUGUUAACAAGAAGCUAAAAUUGUAAAAAACCCCGCCGAUGUCGACUCUUAAGCGAGAGCCGUGUGUGUUCGAAUUUGCAGAUAUUAUAUUGCCUUGAUUCGACCUUUCGCGCGCGCAUCUGGCACGCAUUAGUCGCAGCAAUCACAGUCUAUUAGUUACAAAGUUGCGAAAUUGUGUCGCCGAUCGACGCGCGUCAUCGAAUGCAAUUUGUCAACUAUCGAUUAGGCACGGCGCGGUGCCCGCGUCCUUAACGGACUUCAUUUUUAGCCGCGAUUAGAUAUGGCUCCCUUAAAUAAACUCCUUUCCUCUUAAUCAAUUCUAUGAUUAGACAAGUGAAGGUAAAUUCAGGGAACGCGACGGAGUAUACAUUUUAUUCACAUAAUUUAUUCUCGUUUUAAUAUAUUAGAUAUUGUUCGCAGAAUAUAUAUGACUCGCGUCAUCGUCGUUAUUAUCGUAAGAUAUAGAUGUGCGCUAUUUCACGAUAUAAUUUACACAAAAAAAAAAUAUAUAUAUAUAUAUAUAUAUAA